AUGUUGGUCGAAAUGCAGGUCUGCCCGAGCUUCCCAAUUCCCCUUGCACCUCCCGGGUGCGCAAAGGUACAUGUAGCUCAGAGCGUAGGUCUCGGACGGAGAACGAGACCAAUAUUUCCUUCUUCUCAAUGUUCGACUGCGUCGAUGCGCAGCUGCACUAUGCCGCGCGUGCGUCUUCAGCGUGAGGAGGAGCGAGACCUGUACUUUGGACAGCUGUUCGGGCUCAAAUGCUUCGUGCGCGCGAGGAUCCUGUUUCUCGAAGAGCAGGGGCCCGACAGUGCAACAUCACAAGUCGUACUUGUGCUCGCACACUUGACACUUUCCAUGGGGCCGCACAAGAAGCCAUGCGGUGUUUCGAUACUGAAGCGGUUCUCUGGAUUCGUCGGGCAGCCUCCUCGAGAAAGUAUGUGCCACUGGUGGCGUAUCGAGGCCUUGGCUAGACGUGACUUUUUUUGA